AACGUGGUAGCGCACAGCCAUUUAUGCGGUGCGAGAAGUCAAUCGUGUGUGUUGCCGAGCUCACAAAGGCAAAUAUACGUACCAAUUGACAUCAUGACAACCAAACGACAAAGAAUUGAUGUGGGUGACUCUGGUAAAAGAAGACGGGAUUACGAUGAUAGCUACAGGGACCGUGAUAAAUACAGCGGGAGAGAUCGCGACAAUGAUUAUGACAAGGAGCGCUCCGAACGCGAUGAUAAAAGAGAAAUAAAGAAGGACGUUAUCCCGUCGUUUAAAACCCUGCCAGUUCCGAUGACGCUCAACCCUUUCACAAAUCUGCCGUACACGCAGCGUUUUCACGACCUGUACGCGAAGCGUGUUCUGCUGCCCGUGAACGAGUACAAGGCUAGCUUCAUGGACAUGGUUGACAAGUACCAGUGCGUCGUGCUGGUGGGAGAGACAGGCUCGGGAAAGACGACACAGAUUCCUCAGUGGUGCAUGGAGUACACGCGUUUCCACGGGAAGAAGGGCGUCGCUUGCACGCAGCCUCGACGAGUCGCCGCCAUGAGCGUUGCCGCGCGCGUUGCCGAGGAGAUGGACGUGUCGCUAGGCAACGAGGUCGGCUACAGUAUCCGAUUCGAGGACUGCACAUCGGCGAAAACGCGGCUUAAGUACCUGACUGACGGCAUGUUGCUGCGUGAGGCGAUGUCCGACCCGCUGCUCGAGAACUACGGCGCCAUCUUGCUCGACGAGGCUCACGAGCGCACGCUUGCCACCGACAUCCUCAUGGGCCUCGUCAAGGAGGUGAUACGGCAGCGCAACGACCUCAAGCUCAUCGUCAUGAGCGCGACCCUCGACGCCGGCAAGUUCCAGCACUACUUUGACAACGCGCCGCUGAUGACCGUACCCGGCCGGACGCAUCCCGUCGAGAUCUUCUACACUCCGGAGCCAGAACGGGACUACCUAGAGGCGGCCAUCCGCACCGUCAUCCAGAUACACAUGUGCGAGGAGAUCGAGGGAGACAUCCUGCUCUUCCUGACGGGACAGGAGGAGAUAGAGGAGGCGUGUAAGCGCAUGAAGCGUGAGCUGGACAACCUCGGGCCCGACGUAGGAGAGAUGCGCUGCAUCCCUCUAUACUCGACGCUGCCACCACUGCAGCAGCGCAUCUUCGAGGCAGCGCCGCCGAAAAAGGCGAACGGCGCCAUCGGACGGAAGUGCGUCGUUUCGACGAACAUCGCCGAGACGUCGCCUCACCAUUGACGGAGUCGUGUUGUCAUCGACCCGGGCUUCUCUAAACAGAAGGUUUACAACCCACGCAUCAGGGUGGAGUCGCUACUUGUGUCGCCGAUAUCGAAGGCGAGUGCUCAGCAGAGGGCUGGUCGUGCCGGACGUACAAGACCCGGUAAGUGCUUCAGGCUGUACACGGAGAAGGCCUACAAGCAGGAGAUGCAGGAUAACACGUAUCCAGAGAUCCUACGCUCCAACCUCGGCACGGUGGUGCUGCAGCUGAAGAAGCUAGGCAUUGACGACCUCGUACACUUUGACUUCAUGGACCCGCCUGCUCCUGAGACACUGAUGCGAGCGUUGGAGUUGCUAAACUACUUGGCAGCGAUCAACGACAUGGGUGAUCUUACUGAACUCGGUUCGAUCAUGGCCGAGUUUCCGCUGGACCCGCAGCUAGGGAAGAUGCUCAUCUCCAGCUGUGAUUACAACUGCUCCAACGAGAUUCUCUCCGUCACAGCUAUGCUGUCAGUCCCGCAGUGCUUUGUGAGACCUAACGAGGUGAGGAAGCAAGCGGACGAGGCGAAGAUGCGCUUUGCUCACAUCGAUGGCGACCAUCUUACGCUGCUCAACGUCUACCACGCGUUCAAACAGAAUCAUGAGGACGUUCAGUGGUGCUACGAUAACUUCAUCAACUACCGCUCGCUGAAGAGUGCCGACAAUGUGCGCAUACAGCUGUCGCGCAUCAUGGACCGCUUCAACCUGCGCCGCACGAGCACCGAGUUCACGAGCCGCGACUACUACAUCAACAUACGCAAGGCGCUCGUCUCCGGCUUCUUCAUGCAGGUUGCGCAUCUGGAGCGUACCGGUCACUACCUGACGGUCAAGGAUAACCAGAUGGUGCAGCUGCACCCGUCGACGUGUCUUGACCACAAGCCUGAGUGGGUGCUCUACAACGAGUUUGUGCUGACGACGAAGAACUACAUACGCACGGUGUCCGACGUCAAGCCCGAGUGGUUGUUGAAGAAUGCCCCGCAGUACUAUGACCUGUCUAACUUCCCCGCCUGUGAGGCCAAGCGACAACUAGAGAUUCUCGCAGCGAAGAUGGAGACUCGUCAGUACCAGGAGGGAUUCUGAUCACGCGAGCGCACGGACCCUCCUCUCGCCAUCAUGUAGCCAGCACCGCCCGGGCGUCGCGCGCGGUCGUGGUUGUUCCUGAACGGCUCGUUGUUCGGAUCACGUUUGUUCCGCUGCCCGUGCACAAUCGUGAUUCUUCCCAAACAGCUUGUUGUUCGGAUCAGGAUGUUUGUUUCUGCAGCCGUGUGAGCAAGAUCGUGAUCCUUCUGGAACGGCUCGUUGUUCGAACCUGGUUGUUUGGUCUGCUGCUGAACAUUCAGGCAAUCACGGUCCUUCUGGAAUGUCUUGUUGUUCACGUCGGAGCGUUGUUCUACUGCCGUGCGCACGCGAUCAGGUUGAUCUGUGACGCACGUCGGCCGUCUGUCGCCGUCACGAUUCUGGAUCGUCCGUCGCCACGGCGAUUCUAGGGCGGCCAUUGCCGCGGCGAUACUGGGUCGUUGGGGCUGGAAAUCAUCGACCCUGCGACGUGACGAGAUCAUUAGAUGUGACACCUGUCAUGUCCCCAGCCACGCACCUUCCGCGCACGCCUGUGCAGAGGUGCUGCUCAGCAAAUUGAACAGUGAAUGCGGUGGCAAUGUGUGGUCUGGAACCAGAACGGGUUGGGGUUUGUGGUAAAAACGUGCACGUUUUGCAAACCUCGUGCUUGACCAGCGAGUGUGUGGGCACGCAGGGGGAUCGGUGAGCAAUGUUAACCUGCUCGCUUGUAUCUGUGCGCUUACAGCUGGUAAGCUUUUGUUACGAAUUCGUCACGAUCUCGGCCGAUUUUCGCAGGCCAUGUUAUGAUCACCUGUUCGCACUUUCGCGAGUCGGCGGGCCGCCCCACCACUAACGUGUGCGAGAGCGAGCGUAGCUGUCAGCCAUAUUGUAUAUAAACGUCAGUGUCGGUAGAUUGAUGUCGAGUUCCAUGUGCGUUCCUCUUCCGUCUUCUCCGUAAUCGGUGUGCGGUUUUACCAGUGUGAAGUAAAUGCCAUGCUUUCUUUGCGAGUUUUAAAUCUUUUAGCAAGUAUUCGACCGCCUCGUACAGUUAUCGUUGUUAAUACUUGUUUCACAGUCACAACAGUACAGUUCAUCGUAGCAUAAACAUUGGUUGCGGCAGAAGAUCAUGUCUUUCGGACAUUGAUAAAUCAGGUGUAAUGUGGUAGACGACUUGAUACUGCACUCGCGUCGAACGUGACGUAAAUCGUAGUGUCACCUACUAUGAUUCCUACAAUUCACUUUUGUGUACGUUAGAACACUGGGGGGAAUAGGAGGAACAGUGAGAUUGGGGAUCAGUAGUUAAUUGGGUUGGGAUCAAUUGUGCUAGAAAUACAGAAUCUGUCAGUGUAUUGAGUUUGCAUUGCUACUGUAAUAAAGACGUUUCUGUCUUAUGUA